AUGGGCGCAUGCCGCCCACUGCGCCUCUGGCAAGUUGUGGUGCACACCGUGGGGCGCCCGAGGGAAGCCGGCUGGGAGAGCCUUGCAGCCGCAGAGUACACACGUCGGCUGGAGCGCGGUCACCCGCGGAUCCUGGCACGGACGACCUUCUACUCCAGCAGUGAUGCGCUGGUACGAGGAGUCCAGGAUUUGACGGGCUCACUGCUGGUGUUGGACCCUCUGGGCGAAGCCCUGAACAGCGACGCCUUUUCCGAGCUGCUUCUUGGGGCCCUUCAGGAGACUGCGCGGGUCUCCUUCGCCAUUGGUGGCGCUGACGGCCUUCCCGAGGCUCUGCGCCCGGGCCCCACCCUUGGGAGGCCGGCAAGGCAUCUGUCGCUGAGUCCGCUGACCUUCCCUCAUCGGCUCGCGCGGGUGCUUCUGUUGGAGCAGAUCUUUCGGGCGCGAGAGCUGGCCGCGGGCUCCCACUACCACCGCUGA